AUGUCAUAAAAUUAAUAAGGUGAUAAAGCACAAAAGGAACAAUAUUUGUAAGACCAAGUUGAGAAAGGUUUAGACGCUGAUUUAUGCGCUUAAUUUCUCGUGGGUUUGAAGCCUGAAGGAGGUGAUGACAUUGACAACUGGGAUUUGAGUGAAUUGAGUAAGAACUAUGUGUAAUAUUUUAGAGGCUGCUAUUGAAUAAUUUAAGGAAUCUUAAAAAUAAGCGGAAGAACAACAGCCGAAUAAUUCAGAAGAUUAGAGCAGUUUGUAAUAAGCACAACCUUAAGAAUAACCAUAACAAAAUUAAUAGAUAAAUUAAUAGAGUAAUACUCCUGUGCUUGUAAAUUGUUAUUAAAUUUUACCGAAUGAACUAUCUGGUGAAAAUGUGUCCGCUAAGAUAUUGACGUAAAUCUAUUUGAUAUCAAUAGAUAUAAAAAAGAGAGCGCUGGUUUCUUCUCCUCUUCGUAUAUUGUAUUUUAGAUUGAGACACAACCUCAUGGUUGGGUUGUUUUCAGAAGAUAUUCAGAUUUUGAAUGGCUUAGAGAUUCAUUAUAGAAAUUUUACCCAGCUUUUGUUGUUCCUCCAAUUCAUAAAAAACGAUCAAGGUCAUUUGAGGAUUCUUAUUUAAACAAAAGGGUGAUAUUUUUGUAAAGAUUUCUAAACAGCAUAUUUAAAUCAUAUGAAUUGAAAAGCAACAUAAUAGUUAAGAACUUUUUGAGCUUAACAUAAAAUAAUGAAUUUAAAAAAUUCUAAGAAGUACAAUUUCAUUAAUAUUUUUAAAGAGUAUUACUAAGAGCGCCCCUCCAUAGACAGUUUAAAGGAUGUUUUCAAAGGAAGGUCAAGUGAAUUGUGUUGCUCCUGGAGAAUUAUACCAAUAUGCCAAUUAAACUUAGGAGUACUUCUAUGAGAUUGAUGGAGUCUAUAAAAAGAUUAGAGUAUUAAGCAAGAGUCUUAAGGAAAUACAAUUAUAAAAUUCGUUAAAGAUUUAUUGUGUUGGAGAGAUAUUUGCUUCUUUAUUCCAGCAUUUAAAUAAGUUAAACUAAACACUGCCAACAGGAUAAGCACAAGGUUUAGCAGCUACCUUUUUGAAUUUAAAUAACACUAUGAUUACUUGGGGCAAUAUUAUUGGAAAAUAAAUAGAAUAAACAGAGGAGUAUUUGAAUAGUUUCUUUAAAUAUUAACAGCAUUACAAUUCAUGCAUCAAAUAAAUAUAUGAAACAAGGGCAGUCAUAACAUAAGAUUUAGAAAAAUUCAAGUCUAAAUUGCAUUAUAAGAAAGAAAGAUUGUUUUAAUUAGGAGACAUUUCGAAGUGGGAUUUAAGCAAGGACAUUAAAUUAACUCCAUAAGAAUUACAAUAAAAUAAAAAGUUGGCAUUCCAACAUAUGUGUGAUUAAGAAACGAAACAAGAAAUGGGAAUGGAAAUGUUGGUGGGAUAUUAUACAAAUUAAAUAUUUUCGUAAACUCAGUAAUUUUUCAAGUAGCAAUAACAAGAAUUAGUUGGUCAUUUUAUUAAAUUUUGUCAAGUGUAGGCGUUCAAUAUAACAGAUGUAAUUUUUUAGUUUAAUUAAAGCAUCACUAAUUAUGGGCUGAUGCAAUAACGAAUCUCUAAAAUAAUUUGUUAGUUCAAAAGCGGUAGACAUAAUAGGUAGUUGUAGAAAGUGUUGGCUGAU